AGUCCAUAUUUGCCAUCAGGCUGCCGGUGGCAGAGGCGCUUUCGAGAGGAGAGCGCUGUCCUAACCCUAUAAUCUGCGCCGGGAUUCCUGAGCUGCCUGGGUGUGGGGUGAAAAGGCAGGGGCUGUGGGGGAAAAAUACCCACCGAGGGGAGGACCCACGGCCCCGAGUCGGGGUCUCGCUGCUCGGGCCAGCCACGUGCCCGCUCCUCCCCUCCCCCUUCUCCUUCCCAGUGCCCCUGGGGAAAGCGGAUGGACCAGUUUCUAAGAAAGUUCCUCAGCCCAGCAGUCUUAGGUUAAUGUUGUAGAUCUUAGAGAGGAAGGGACUCUAAGGAUUUGAGAUUUUUUUUUUUAAAGAAAAGUAGAGAAGAAGAAAAACACUACCUCUCCUGACCCAGGUGGAUAUAUUUUUAUGCACUUUGCCUCAUUGCUAGAUUAAAAUGGUGACUGUUUUCAAAACAGCGUGACCACGUGUAGGGAAAGGGAUUUUGGCGCUUUCCAUAUGCACGGCCAUGGAAGAAGGCCAUGUGGACUUUCCUUGAAGACAAAUCCAUUCUCGCUUCCAGAUUUUCACUGGGCUCCAGGUUUCCCAUUACACCCCAGUUCCGAGGAAAAUGGCAGGGUAAUUGCAUGUAAAAAAUUCCUCAUUUGUGUGCGGGACUCAGGACUGUUUGGCAGCUCCGAGGCAGUUGAUUAAAUAGCAAAGCUCCAUUUAUGAGGCAGCCUAUAAUUUGGUUUCUAGGACCUAAUGCACCACUAGAGUUGUGCUUCUGAGGGCCGUGAAUGAAAACUGGUCCAUACCAGCCAGUUCCAUCGCCUUGGCAGGUUGGUUUGGUUCUUGGUUGGGGGAUGGGAGAGCAGAGGGGCUCUGGCCAUGGCUCCAUUCUCAGUUUACUACGGAAGGUUUGUAAUGUGGGGUGUUCUUGAUUUUUCUUGGGGGUAGAAGAAAUGACUUAGCCUUUCAGAAUUAUUUCUGUUGACCCAUGACAUGAUCAGAACUCCAGGGGCCUGCAGAGCCCACAAGUUCUAAAAUAAUGGUCUGUGGUCCAAAGUCUCCAUUUAUAAAAUCUGGGAGGAAAAGAGGCCUUUGUCAUUGAUGCUUUCCCAAGGCAGUCUUGGUCCUGGUGAGACGCUGGAAUUCCCUCUGGUUUCUCCUGGCUUGCCCUGUCAGAGCAUUCCAGGCCUGCCUGAGAAGAAAAGGCUGCUGUGGAACUGGUGAGGCCUGUAGGUCUGGACAACUCUGAGCUUUUCCGCGAAUGCCUUGAUCUUCACAGAUAAACCUGGCCUUAGGGUCUCUGGUAAACUUCAAGGAGUCUUACACCUUAGGAUAGACAGCAGAUCUGAGGGGCAUCCGUUUUCUGUGUGACCUGUUAGGCUCUUUUUCUCUCUUUAUAGAGAAAAUGGUUUCCAUUUUCUGCAUCCCUCUUCUGCAGUGGUUUUUGAACAGAGGUUCUUUCAGUCCCUGGAGCCUCUUCUGUGGGCUGUUUACAGUCUUCCAAGGUACUUGCCUUUGAAGAUUGGGCUACUGGCCAUUGUGAGCUAGGUUCCCUUAGGAAGUGCUAAUGGAGCUUGGUUUGCCUGGAGGACUGUCUUAAGCCCCCAACGCAUCAGUAGCCACCAUUUUAAGAGAAGUGGUGGGAUGACCACGUUUGAUUUUCAAACCUCCUGACACUGAUCUGAUCCGGUGGUUGGAUUUGUUCACAACUCAUCCAGUCCAAUGGAUCAGAUGGGAAAGAUGAGACCUCAGCCGUAUGGUGGGACUAACCCAUACUCGCAACAACAGGGACCUCCUUCAGGACCGCAACAAGGACAUGGGUACCCAGGGCAGCCAUAUGGGUCCCAGACUCCACAGCGGUACCCCAUGACCAUGCAGGGCCGGGCUCAGAGUGCCAUGGGCAGCCUCUCUUAUGCACAGCAGAUUCCACCUUAUGGCCAGCAAGGCCCCAGUGCGUAUGGCCAGCAGGGCCAGACUCCAUACUAUAACCAGCAAAGUCCUCAUCCCCAGCAGCAGCCACCUUACGCCCAGCAACCACCAUCCCAGACCCCUCAUGCCCAGCCUUCGUAUCAGCAGCAGCCGCAGACUCAGCAACCACAGCUUCAGUCCUCUCAGCCUCCAUAUUCCCAGCAGCCAUCCCAGCCUCCACAUCAGCAGUCCCCAACUCCAUAUCCCUCCCAGCAGUCCACCACACAACAGCAUCCCCAGAGCCAGCCCCCCUACUCACAACCACAGGCACAGUCUCCCUACCAGCAGCAGCAACCUCAGCAGCCAGCAUCCUCGUCGCUCUCCCAGCAGGCUGCAUAUCCUCAGCCCCAGCCUCAGCAGUCCCAGCAAACUGCCUAUUCCCAGCAGCGCUUCCCUCCACCACAGGAGCUUUCUCAAGAUUCAUUUGGGUCUCAGGCAUCCUCAGCCCCCUCAAUGACCUCCAGUAAGGGAGGGCAAGAAGAUAUGAACCUGAGUCUUCAGUCAAGGCCCUCCAGCUUGCCUGAUCUGUCUGGUUCAAUCGAUGAUCUCCCCAUGGGGACAGAAGGAGCUCUGAGUCCUGGCGUGAGCACAUCAGGGAUUUCCAGCAGCCAAGGAGAGCAGAGCAAUCCAGCUCAGUCUCCCUUUUCUCCUCACACCUCCCCUCACCUGCCUGGCAUCCGAGGCCCGUCCCCGUCCCCUGUUGGCUCUCCUGCCAGUGUCGCGCAGUCUCGCUCAGGACCACUCUCGCCUGCUGCAGUGCCAGGCAACCAGAUGCCACCUCGGCCACCCAGUGGCCAGUCAGACAGCAUCAUGCACCCUUCCAUGAACCAAUCAAGCAUUGCCCAAGAUCGAGGUUAUAUGCAGAGGAACCCCCAGAUGCCCCAGUACACUUCCCCUCAGCCUGGCUCGGCCUUAUCCCCACGUCAGCCGUCUGGAGGACAGAUGCACUCGGGCGUGGGCUCCUACCAGCAGAACUCCAUGGGGAGCUACGGCCCCCAGGGCAGUCAGUAUGGCCCACAAGGAGGCUAUCCUAGGCAGCCUAACUAUAAUGCCUUGCCCAACGCCAACUACCCCAAUGCAGGCAUGGCCGGAAGUAUGAACCCUAUGGGUGCUGGAGGUCAGAUGCAUGGGCAGCCUGGAAUCCCACCUUACGGCACACUCCCUCCAGGGAGAAUGGCUCAUGCGUCUAUGGGCAACAGGCCCUAUGGCCCUAAUAUGGCCAAUAUGCCACCUCAGGUUGGGUCAGGGAUGUGUCCUCCACCAGGGGGAAUGAACAGGAAAACUCAAGAGUCUGCUGUUGCCAUGCAUGUUGCUGCCAACUCUAUCCAAAACAGGCCACCAGGCUACCCAAAUAUGAAUCAAGGGGGCAUGAUGGGAACUGGACCUCCCUAUGGACAGGGGAUCAAUAGUAUGGCUGGCAUGAUCAACCCUCAGGGACCCCCAUAUCCUAUGGGUGGAACCAUGGCCAACAAUUCAGCAGGGAUGGCAGCCAGCCCAGAGAUGAUGGGCCUUGGGGAUGUUAAGUUAACUCCCGCCACAAAAAUGAACAACAAGGCAGAUGGAACACCCAAGACAGAAUCCAAAUCUAAGAAAUCCAGUUCUUCUACCACCACCAAUGAGAAGAUCACCAAAUUGUAUGAGUUGGGUGGUGAGCCCGAGAGGAAGAUGUGGGUGGACCGGUACCUGGCCUUCACAGAGGAGAAGGCCAUGGGCAUGACAAAUCUGCCUGCUGUGGGGAGGAAGCCUCUGGACCUCUAUCGCCUCUAUGUGUCUGUGAAGGAGAUUGGUGGGUUGACUCAGGUCAACAAGAACAAAAAAUGGCGGGAACUUGCAACCAACCUCAAUGUGGGUACAUCAAGCAGUGCUGCCAGCUCACUGAAAAAGCAGUAUAUCCAAUGUCUCUAUGCCUUUGAGUGCAAGAUCGAGCGUGGAGAAGACCCUCCCCCCGAUAUCUUCGCAGCUGCUGACUCCAAGAAGUCCCAACCCAAGAUCCAGCCCCCCUCUCCUGCGGGAUCAGGGUCUAUGCAGGGGCCACAAACUCCUCAGUCAACCAGCAGUUCUAUGGCAGAAGGAGGAGACCUGAAGCCACCAACUCCAGCAUCCACACCACAUAGUCAAAUUCCCCCCUUACCAGGCAUGAGGAGCAACUCAGUCGGAAUCCAGGAUGCCUUUCCUGAUGGAAGUGACCCCACAUUCCAGAAGCGGAAUUCCAUGACUCCAAACCCUGGGUACCAGCCCAGUAUGAAUACCUCUGACAUGAUGGGGCGCAUGUCCUAUGAGCCAAAUAAGGAUCCUUAUGGCAGCAUGAGGAAAGCGCCAGGAAGUGAUCCCUUCAUGUCCUCAGGGCAGGGCCCCAAUGGCGGGAUGGGUGAUCCCUACAGCCGUGCUGCUGGCCCUGGGCUGGGAAGUGUGGCGAUGGGACCACGGCAGCACUAUCCCUAUGGAGGUCCUUACGACAGAGUGAGGACGGAGCCUGGAAUCGGGCCUGAAGGAAAUAUGGGCACUGGAGCCCCUCAGCCAAAUCUCAUGCCUUCCACCCCAGAUUCGGGGAUGUAUUCUCCUAGCCGCUACCCCCCGCAGCAGCAGCAGCAACAGCAGCAACAGCAGCAACAGCAACGACAUGAUUCCUAUGGCAAUCAAUUCUCUACCCAAGGCACCCCUUCCAGCAGCCCCUUCCCCAGCCAGCAGACCACAAUGUAUCAGCAGCAGCAGCAGAAUUAUAAGAGGCCAAUGGAUGGCACAUAUGGCCCCCCUGCCAAGCGGCAUGAAGGGGAGAUGUACAGUGUGCCGUACAGCGCUGGGCAAGGCCAGCCUCAACAGCAGCAGUUGCCUGCAGCUCAGUCCCAGCCUGCCAGCCAGCCACAAGCUGCCCAGCCUUCCCCUCAGCAGGACGUGUACAACCAGUACAGCAAUGCCUACCCUGCCUCCGCCACCGCUGCUACUGAUCGCCGACCAGCAGGCGGCCCCCAGAACCAAUUUCCAUUCCAGUUUGGCCGAGACCGAGUCUCUGCACCUCCUGGUUCCAGUGCCCAGCAGAACAUGCCACCACAAAUGAUGGGUGGCCCCAUACAGGCAUCAGCUGAGGUUGCUCAGCAGGGCACCAUGUGGCAGGGGCGAAAUGACAUGACCUACAAUUAUGCCAACAGGCAGAACACAGGCUCUGCCACCCAGGGCCCUGCGUAUCAUGGUGUGAACCGAACAGAUGAAAUGCUCCACACAGAUCAGAGGGCCAACCAUGAAGGCCCAUGGCCUUCCCAUGGCACACGCCAGCCUCCGUAUGGUCCUUCAGCCCCUGUUCCCCCCAUGACAAGGCCCCCUCCAUCUAACUACCAGCCCCCACCAAGCAUGCCGAAUCACAUUCCUCAGGUAUCCAGCCCCGCUCCCCUCCCCCGGCCCAUGGAGAACCGUACUUCUCCUAGCAAGUCUCCAUUCCUGCACUCUGGGAUGAAAAUGCAAAAGGCGGGUCCACCGGUGCCUGCUUCGCACAUAGCGCCUACCCCUGUGCAGCCGCCUAUGAUUCGGCGGGAUAUCACCUUCCCACCUGGCUCUGUAGAGGCCACUCAGCCUGUGUUGAAGCAGAGAAGGCGGCUCACAAUGAAAGACAUUGGAACCCCGGAGGCAUGGCGGGUAAUGAUGUCCCUCAAGUCCGGGCUCCUGGCAGAGAGCACGUGGGCGUUAGACACCAUUAACAUUCUACUGUAUGAUGACAACAGCAUUAUGACCUUCAACCUCAGCCAGCUCCCAGGCUUGCUAGAGCUCCUUGUGGAAUAUUUCCGUAGAUGCCUAAUUGAAAUCUUUGGCAUUUUAAAGGAGUAUGAGGUAGGGGACCCAGGACAGAGAACAUUACUAGACCCUGGGAGAUUCACCAAGGUGUAUAGUCCAGCCCAUACAGAGGAAGAAGAGGAAGAACACCUUGAUCCUAAACUGGAGGAGGAAGAGGAAGAAGGGGUUGGAAAUGAUGAGGAGAUGGCCUUUUUGGGCAAGGACAAGCCAUCUUCAGAGAAUAAUGAGGAGAAGCUAGUCAGUAAGUUUGACAAGCUUCCGGUAAAGAUCGUGCAGAGGAAUGACCCAUUUGUGGUGGACUGCUCAGAUAAGCUUGGGCGCGUGCAGGAGUUUGACAGUGGCCUGCUACACUGGCGGAUUGGUGGUGGGGAUACCACUGAGCAUAUCCAGACCCACUUUGAGAGCAAGAUAGAGCUGCUGCCUUCCCGGCCUUAUGUGCCCUGCCCAACGCCCCCUCGGAAACACCUCACAACAGUAGAGGGCACACCAGGGACAACGGAGCAGGAGGGCCCCCCGCCCGAUGGCCUUCCAGAGAAAAGGAUCACAGCCACCAUGGAUGACAUGUUGUCUACCCGGUCUAGCACAUUGACUGAUGAGGGGGCAAAGAGUGCAGAGGCCACCAAGGAAAGCAGCAAGUUUCCAUUUGGCAUUAGCCCAGCACAGAGCCACCGGAACAUCAAAAUUUUAGAGGAUGAACCCCAUAGUAAGGAUGAGACCCCACUGUGUACCCUUCUGGACUGGCAGGAUUCCCUUGCUAAGCGCUGUGUCUGUGUCUCCAAUACCAUCCGGAGCCUGUCGUUUGUGCCAGGCAACGACUUUGAGAUGUCCAAACACCCAGGGCUGCUGCUUAUCCUGGGCAAGCUGAUCCUGCUGCACCACAAGCACCCAGAGCGGAAGCAGGCACCACUAACUUAUGAGAAGGAGGAGGAACAGGACCAAGGGGUGAGCUGUGACAAAGUGGAGUGGUGGUGGGACUGCUUGGAGAUGCUCCGAGAAAACACGCUGGUCACCCUCGCCAACAUCUCGGGGCAAUUGGACCUAUCCCCAUAUCCUGAGAGCAUCUGCCUGCCUGUCCUGGACGGACUCCUACACUGGGCAGUUUGCCCUUCAGCUGAAGCCCAGGACCCCUUCUCAACCCUAGGCCCCAAUGCCGUCCUCUCCCCCCAGAGAUUGGUCUUGGAAACCCUCAGCAAACUCAGCAUCCAGGACAACAAUGUGGACCUGAUCCUGGCCACUCCCCCUUUUAGCCGCCUGGAGAAGUUGUAUAGUACCAUGGUGCGCUUCCUCAGUGACCGAAAGAACCCAGUGUGCCGGGAGAUGGCCGUGGUACUGCUGGCAAAUCUGGCCCAGGGGGACAGCCUGGCAGCCCGGGCCAUUGCAGUGCAGAAGGGCAGCAUCGGCAACCUCCUGGGUUUCCUGGAGGACAGCCUUGCUGCCACACAGUUCCAGCAGAGCCAGGCAAGCCUCCUGCAUAUGCAGAAUCCACCCUUUGAACCAACUAGUGUGGACAUGAUGCGGCGGGCUGCCCGAGCACUGCUUGCCCUGGCCAAGGUGGAUGAGAACCACUCAGAGUUCACUCUGUAUGAGUCACGGCUGUUGGACAUCUCCGUGUCACCACUGAUGAACUCAUUGGUUUCACAAGUCAUUUGUGAUGUACUGUUUUUGAUUGGCCAGUCAUGACAGCCGUGGGACACCUCCCCUCCCCGUGUGUGUGUGAGUGUGUGGAGAACUUAGAAACUGACUGUUGCCCUUUAUUU